GGUUCCGCUCCCAUAGUCGACAUAAAAACAAGGCAGGCGAGCCGAGACUAGCAGGGGUGAGGAGACGACGCUGUUAAAGGAGGAAACAGCAAUCCAAAAAACUGGAGCAGAUUUACUGAGGAAGACCGCAAUGCGAUCAUAGAGCAUGAUCAACCCUGCAGAAGGAUGAAUGCCACGUGAUGCAUCUGGAUUAUCCGUCUUUUGGUCCCUCAGGCUCGCCAAUGCCUCACACUCCCUCCAACUCCCCUGCUUCUGACGCCGGCAGUUCAGAUGGCAGCAGCUCCUCCUCACCUGCCUCAAAGCCAAACCUGGACAGCCAAUCAGCCUCCUCCUCUUCUGUCUCUUCAUCACCCUCGGGAUCUUGCGAUGAGUUGAGGCGUCGCACUGGCCUUCCCUCCUUCCAUCCUCAGACAACCAACGGAGUUCCUCACUGCCCAGAUGGAGCGCCUCUACAAGGGGGCCUUCCUGCCAGCAUGCCCAUGCAGAUGCUGUGGUGGCAGCAGAUGUACGCACGCCACUACUACAUGCAAUAUCAGGCAGCAGUAGCUGCGUUACAGCCUCCCAGCGCUCCUCCUCCCUCGCCUCCUUCCUCAUCCCCUCAUCAGCCCGCUCAGCCCAAUGAACCUGUGCAGCCUCCGCUGGGCCUGAACCCAGCCCAGGACCCUCUACAAGAGAACCUGCCUGCCAACCCGGUCCAGAUGAACGCACAGGGCGGCCCGGUGCUGAACGACGACGAGCUGAACCAGGACUGGCUGGACUGGUUGUACACGGUUUCACGGGCUGGAGUUCUGCUGAGCAUCGUUUACUUCUACUCCUCCUUCAGUCGCUUUGUCAUGGUGGUCAGCGCCAUGUUGCUCGUCUAUCUGCACCAGGCUCAGUGGUUUCCCUUCAGACCAGAACAGCAGAACGUCAGAGGAGAAAGGGCCGGCGCUCCUCCAGGAGAAGCGCAGAGGCAGCAGGACAUGCAGGAAAUUGAGCGACUCAUGGAUGAGGGGAUGGAGGAUGAUGACAGCGGUGAGGAAGGAGGAGGAGGAGGCAAUGAAAACGAAGACCUGGGUGCGGCCCUGCCAGAGCCAAACAUCCUCACUGUGGCGUGGGCCUUCAUCAGCACCUUCUUCACCUCACUCAUCCCUGACGUUCAGCCCCACCUGGCUAACUAGGAAGACACUCCGCCCGUCUCCCUACUGCCAGCGCUACAGUUUCCAACCUUCAUCUUCAUUGUAACACCCAGUUGAGUCUCCAAACAAAAUCACUCGAGUCUGAUUGGACGGUAGCAGUCGGUUGGUCCAGACGGCGGCUCCUACUAACGGGAUCUGAGAGCAGAUCCAGAGUGUCACUACUGAAAGUACAUAAAUAAAGGUACUGAAAAAUGAAAAAGAAAAA